UUUCAGUAUAUGCAUAUGAGCUUUGACAUGUCGUAUUGAAAAUAACAUAGUCGGUAUUAGUGAGAAUGUUGAUUGAAUUAUUUUUAUCAGGGCUUUGCCUAAAUGCUACCUGUUUGGAUGAACAGAUUGCAGACUCUGUUUCGUUGAGAAAGACGAGGAUGGAGAAGUUAGCUGCUGAAAUAAAAGGGGAACAUCUUUAUGUAACCACUGUAACGAAUGACAGAUUGAGUGGAAUAAAUUCAACAGGUGGUACCGGAAUAGCCUUCGAGCUUCUCGAAAUACUUCGGAAAAAGUUCGAGUUCAACUACACAGUCGUUUGGCCACAUCAAAAUACAUAUGGAGAUGAGAAGGAAGGGGUUGUCAAGAUGCUCAUGAAUGGGGAAGUCAACAUUUCAGUUGCCUUCAUGCCAGUCAUCAGUCAUUUUAGAGAAAAGGUGCAUUACUCUCCCAGUCUUGAUGUUGGCGAAUGGUUGGUACUGAUGAAACGACCUACUGAAUCUGCAACUGGAACAGGACUACUAGCACCUUUCACCUUUCCUGUUUGGAUACUUAUUAUGGUGUCACUGUUCGUGGUCGGACCGAUCAUAUAUGUUAUAGUGCAGAUAAGGGUGAGGUUCUGCUCUGAUGACGAUGAGCCUUAUUCGUUUCCUGUAUGUUUCUGGUUCGUGUAUGGUGCACUUCUGAAGCAGGGUUCUACGUUGAGUCCUAUUGCAGACUCAACAAGAUUACUUUUUGCAACCUGGUGGAUCUUCAUAACAGUAUUGACGGCAUUUUAUACUGCAAACCUGACAGCUUUCUUGACCUUAUCUGAUUUCACUCUGCCAAUUACAGAUCCAGACAGUAUCGGAAAAAUGAAAUUGAAAUGGGUUACCAAUAAAGGCAAUGUCGUACAGGAAGUCAUCAAAUUGACUUCUCUUCCUACCGAGAACAAAAUCUACGAGGAAUACGAAGAAAUUAAAACAAACCUUGGUCCUAGAGCUAGUUAUCCAAAUGAAACAGAUGCUGAUAUAAUGAAUACCUAUGUGACAAAUGAUAAUAUGAUGUUCAUACGAGAAAGACCUAUUGUGGAGUAUGAUAUCUACGAUGACUACAAACUGAAAGUCAAAAAUGGAGUGAAAGAAGACAAAAGAUGCACUUACGUCUUGACCAAAUUCCAUGUGUUUACAGCAUCAAGAGCUUUUGCCUAUAGCAGACAAUUUAAAUACUAUGAACUCUUCAAUGAUGCGCUGCAACAUUUGGUAGAAGCCGGAGUUAUCAAGUUCAAGUUGAAUGAAGAGUUACCAGGUACUAAACUGUGUCCUAUUCAACUGCAGAGUCAAGAUAGGAAAUUAAAGAACAAUGAUCUUCUUCUGACAUAUUUCAUUGUUGGUGUUGGAUUGAUAGUAUCCAUAGUGAUAUUCGCAGGAGAAAUGUUUAUGACUCAUUAUUACAAUAAACGAAACGAUGUUUCUUAUGGUCAUACUCUAAGAGGAGGUGUAACACCAAUCUACAAGGGUCAUUUGGAGUCAAAUGUUCUCAACUUCAACAAGACUCCUCCUCCUGCAUAUCAUACACUGUUCAGUAUGCAAAAUGGAGGAAAAAAGAAAAUUAUCAAUGGAAGAGAAUAUUGGGUUACUGAUGAGAGACAUGCUGGACCGAAACUCAUACCUGCUAGAGCACCUUCUGCAAUGCUUUUUCAAUAUACAAAUUGAAGAUCUGCACGUUUUUGUUUCAAUUUUUUGCUGAGGUUUAGCAAUAUGCAGGUUUUGUUCACAUAUCAUGAAACAGCAAACUUCUUCAGUUGAAAUAAAAUUUGUAAAUCACGAAUCUUUGAAAUUCUGCAAUUAUAUUGAAAUGAAGUUUUACCUAUAACUCAAUAGUGAAAAUACUUGAGUUUUCUUGAAUGUAAAUAUGAAUUUCUGCAAUAGUAGUAUUAUGGUUGUUUCAUGAAUAGAUGAACAAACUUUCAUUAAGAAUACAGGACAAUUUGAAUAGUCUGAAUCAGUGUUAAAUAUUGCGCCAAGUUAACAAGAUGUUAUAUAUGCAUUUUAUUAAUACCUACUUUUGUACCACUAUAAUUCUUUAACGCUUUGAUAGAUUUCUCUCAAAGAUACCAGAUAAAUUGCUGAGUCUCAUGAACUAAUAGACCCAGGACAAUUUCCAAGACUGAUUUAAACUAUCGAAAUUGUUCUGUAUUCGCUUUGAAUGCAUAUGUUUCCAGCUACAGUUACUCAUGAAACACCCUGUACCUGAUUGUUAUUGUAUUUGAGUAUAGUGGAUUAAUUCAGUUCUCCUCAGUUCUGAAUUUUCAAAUAUCAAUAUAGCUUAAAGUAAACAUAUAUUUUUGAAUAAGUUUUUCAAACACGAUGUGUGACAAUCACGAGUUUAUAAAAUAUAUAUUUUGAUGAAGAAUUCAA